CCAAUCGCUCCACCGCGAAUCACGCAUUGACAGUCGGUCGGGUGUCUUCUCUCGUUUGUGUUGUUUAGCUGGCGUGUCGUCGAUCCCAAGUCCUCGUGCGGUUUGCAUUGGCAGCUCAACUUGAAAUCGCUUCACCUGUAACUGUGCACGGCAUUACGUGAAGAGCGGGGCGUUCGUCGCUUCCAUUUCGAACCCGUUAAGUCUCCGAAAUCGGAAGGCGCCCGUGCUGGCAAGUGCGUUUGCAUUCAUCGCGCGACUCGGCCGUGUGUGCGGAAUACUAACGGCGGCGGUGCAUUGAACUAUCGAAGCUGACAGAAAACAGACGUGGAUUGUGUUCGGAGAGGUCGCGGCCUCGAAGGCAGGUCCUAACCGCACGGAAACCACGCAAGAGUCCCAAUCGCCCAUUCAGGGAAAGGUCGGAAUCCUCCUGCAAUUCGGGACAAGCAGAUCGCGUGCAUCUGAAAUUGACGGUGGCGGGUCCCCGUGUUAUUCACCUCCUCUCCCCGGUCCAGGCUAAAAAUAAGUUUUAAUGACAAUAAUUUCGCGAUUAAGGCAAUCGAUGCGGCUGGCAAACUGAAUGGCGUCAGCUCGGCAAGGCGUGCGUGCAUUUUGAACGAGUGACAGAGCAGGGGGUGGUCGUAUCCAGGCAGCAGUUCCAGUCGAAGGCCGCAGAAAAGCGCGUUAUGAUAUCAGCAGUGCCGCCGAAACCAAAGUUCCUUAGACCGGAUGACGAUUCUUACGCAUCGGAACGCGACGCUCAACCAACAGACGACCAGGUGACAUCCUUUGUGUUUAAUGCAUAUCAUUCGCUAUCCAUCGAUGCACAACGGGAGAAUCUUCCUAUUCGCAAAUAUCGUGAUCAAAUACUGUAUUGUUUGGAGAACUAUCAAACAUUGAUACUGGUUGGAGAGACAGGCUGUGGGAAGAGUACUCAAGUGCCGCAGUAUCUUCUAGAAUGGGGUUGGUACGUGAAAGGCUUGAUUGGCGUUACAGAGCCGAGACGAGUCUCUGCCAUAACACUGGCAGAUCGAGUAGCCACCGAGAAAGGAGAACAUAUCGGAGGAAGUGUUGGUGUAGCGGUGCGGUUUUUCGACAGAUGUUGCGACGAAACCAAGAUAAAAUAUAUGACAGAGGGUAUUCUGCUCCGAGAAAUGCUUGCUGAUCCACUACUAACGCAAUACAGUGUUAUCAUGAUAGACGAAGCGCACGAAAGGAACAUCCUCACCGAUACAGCUAUUGGAUUACUAAAGAAAAUCAUGAAAAAACGCCCAUCAUUGAAAGUUAUCAUUUCCUCAGCAACAAUCGAUGCAGAUUUCUUCAAGGAUUUUUUCGAUUUUAAAACUUCAAAAAAUCCCAAGGAAACCGCUGUAGUACUAAGUGUUGAAGGACGAGCACAUCCUGUUGAAAUCUUCUACUUAAAAGAACCGUGUCCGGAUUAUGUUAGGGAGACAGUUAAUACCGUUUUGAAAAUACACAAACAAGAACCACCUGGCGAUAUUUUAGCCUUUUUAACUGGCCAGGAGGAGGUCCUGCAAGCAAUUGACCUUCUGAGGGAAUAUAACCAUGAAAACUUGCAAGUUCUUCCUAUGUACGGAACACUAUCGAAUCAUGAUCAGUUGAAAGUUUUUUUCACAGCACCGAAGGGAACGCGCAAAGCUAUAAUUGCAACGAAUAUUGCGGAAACUUCUAUUACUAUUCCUGGUAUUGUUUAUGUUAUUGAUUGUGGCUUCGUAAAGUUGAAAUGGUUCAAUGUGGAGAGCAGCACAGACAGUCUUGUAAUUUUACCCAUAAGUAAAGCAGCAGCCGAGCAAAGAGCAGGACGCGCAGGUCGCAUGCGUAGAGGAAAAGUUUAUCGUCUUUAUUCUGAAGAAGAAUAUACUAAGUUGCCGGAUCAAACACCUCCCGAGAUGCGACGAACUGAUCUAUCAUCAACCGUGCUCCAUUUGAAGUCCUUGGGAAUAGACAACAUAUUGCGAUUUAACUUUCCCUCGCCCCCUCCAGCGAAAAAUCUGUUGGGUGCCCUGGAGACAUUAUAUGCUUUGGAUGCUCUGGAUGAAAACGGAAAUCUAACAAAGCCCAUCGGAUACCUUCUAGCUGAAAUGCCGCUGCCCCCUAUGAUGGGUAAAAUGCUCUAUAUCGCCGGACAAAUGGGUUGUUCUGAGGAAAUCCUAACAUUAAUUUCCAUGCUACAAGUUCAGUCUGUAUUCUCGAAGCCUGUAACUGGCCAAGGUCAAAUCAAAGCGCGUGUUGCGAAAAGACAAUUUGAAGUAGCUGAAGGCGACCUCAUCACCCUCCUAAACGUUUACACCGCCUUCGUUGAAAACGGACGUACGAAAGAAUUCUGUGGGCGGAACUACCUGGUCUACCGCAACUUAAAACGUGCAUACGAACUUAGAGCUCAAUUGUCCAACUUGAUUGAGAACAAACUAGGAAUCCCGAUGUUUUCCUGCAGGGGUGACGUAGAAACAAUAAGUAGAUGUAUAACAAGUGGAUUUUUCCCGAACGCUGCUUAUCUGCAUCAUUCUGGGGUUUAUAAGACCGUGCGUGGUGACACGGAAUUAUCAAUUCAUCCGUUAUCCACGUUGUACACCCUUCAACAACCACAAUUUGUGAUAUUUUGUGAGUUAAUGCAAACUACAAAGCUGUUCAUGAAGGAUCUAACAGUCAUUAAAGAAGAUUGGUUGACGGAAUUGGCGCCGCAUUAUUAUCACAAAGCAACUUUACGAGAUUUUUGAAAAGCGCGUGUCGGAGAACCCACUAACUAUGUAAGUACUUGAAUUGUUUAUAAAUCCAAUUACCCAACUGAAUGUAAGAGAAAAUACAUGAAUAAAGGAAUGAUUCAAUGUGAAUUGCAGUGAAA